AAAUUGCGGAAUCAUUGCAUUCACACAGGGCAAACUCAGAAGAUGAAUCUCUUCCAAUCCAUAACAAGUGCCUUGGACAAUGCUUUAGCCAAAGAUCCAACUGCAGUUGUAUUUGGUGAAGACGUGGCCUUUGGUGGAGUCUUCAGAUGUACAGUUGGCUUGCGAGACAAGUAUGGUAAAGACAGAGUUUUCAACACCCCUUUAUGUGAACAAGGAAUUGUUGGCUUUGGUAUUGGAAUUGCUGUUACAGGUGCUACAGCCAUUGCAGAAAUUCAGUUUGCAGAUUACAUUUUUCCAGCAUUUGAUCAGAUUGUUAAUGAAGCAGCAAAAUAUCGUUACCGCUCUGGAGAUCUGUUCAAUUGUGGAAACCUCACCAUUAGAGCACCCUGGGGCUGUGUGGGUCAUGGUGCAUUAUAUCACUCUCAGAGUCCAGAAGCCUUUUUUGCUCACUGUCCAGGAAUAAAGGUUGUUAUUCCAAGGAGUCCUCUGCAGGCCAAAGGAUUGCUGCUGUCAUGCAUAGAGGACAAAAAUCCAUGCAUAUUCUUUGAACCUAAAAUACUUUACAGAGCUGCAGUGGAACAAGUUCCUGUAGAGCCCUACACCAUUCCACUGUCGCAAGCUGAGGUGCUGCAGACGGGCAGUGAUGUGACAAUGGUUGCUUGGGGCACUCAGGUACAUGUGAUCAAAGAGGUGGCAUCAAUGGCUCAAGAAAAGCUUGGUGUGUCCUGUGAAGUUAUUGAUCUGAGGACCAUCUUACCAUGGGAUACAGAGACUGUUUGCAAGUCAGUGGCAAAGACUGGGCGACUGCUGAUUAGCCAUGAGGCUCCCUUGACAGGAGGAUUUGCAUCUGAAAUCAGUUCCACAGUUCAGGAGGAAUGCUUUUUGAAUUUAGAAGCUCCUAUUGCAAGAGUAUGUGGCUAUGACACUCCCUUCCCUCACAUCUUUGAGCCCUUCUACAUCCCAGACAAAUGGAAAUGCUAUGAUGCUCUUAGAAAAAUGAUUAACUACUGAGCAGUAGUACAGAGAGGAGAACAACAACAGGGAAAUACAGAAGCUGCCUUCAAAACUCUUGACAUUUUGAUCAGAUCUUUUGGGUUUGGAAUUUACAUAGCAGACUUUUCUUUUAACUCAGCUAUCCUGAAUGUUCAUCUUGGCUAUUCUUCAGCAAGUUCAAAUUUUCCUUAAUUAUGAAAUCAGUGAUGGGCAAGUGAUUGUUACAGUAAGUAGUUUCAGAUGUAUUUAAAGAUAUUCCAGAUGUUGAAUGAAAAUUGCAUAUUGCUGUGCUUCACUAAGUUACAUCAAGACUUCACUGUGUAAAUAUCAGACGCAGAAUUUUAUUCAAUAAAACAAUAUGCUCAUGUUGUCUCUUA